AUGGCUCAAUUAGAAGCUCAUUAUAACUCACGCUCUGUAAUACACAUGAGUUAUGAUGCUUUCACUCGAUUAGUUGCAAUACUUCGUGGAAGAGGACUUCUGAGGGAUAAUCAAUACAGUUUUGUUGAGGAACAAGUUGCUAAGUUUCUACAUAUUUUAAGUGGUCAAGGACGUGUUCGAUCAGAAAGUUUUUUCUUUCGUCGAUCUACUGAGACCAUUAGUCGUCAUUUCCACAAAGUUCUUAGAGCUUUAAUAACACUUCAAGAUCAAUUUUUAGUCCAACCAAAUGGUUCUACUGUCUCACCACAAAUACUCAAUAGUGGAGGAAGAUUCUAUCCAUACUUUAAGAAUUGUAUCGGUGCAAUAGAUGGAACACAUAUCCGAGUGAAGGUUUCAAAAGAAGAUGUGUCAAGGUUUCCAAUAUUAGCAGAAAUGUCUAGAUAUGAUGUAGAGACAGUGAGUGAAAUUGUUUUAGCAUGCUGCAUCUUGCACAACUUCUUAGUGGAUUUUGAUCCAGAUGAAGAAAUUAUUGCACAAGUUGAUAGGGAUCUCAUGAAUAAUGAGCCUGAUCAUGGACUUGCUAAUGGAGCAAUUGCUAGAGGAGAAGAUGGAUGA